UGUUGGUGGAUGUGCAGUGUGACAAAAUGUUCUUCAGUCCGCAGCUGCUGCUCCUACUGACUCUGUCUAUAAGAACAGAUAUCGUUGCCGGAUAUUUUAUGUGCAGGACAGAUGAAUGCAUCACUAGUUCGUCAGAUCUGUUUGAUGCGGAAUACAAGUAUACCCUUUAUUUUAAUAAGGAUACACUUGUAGAGUUUAACAGCAGUGUGGGGACAUUUAUAGGGUUUACUGAGUUUGGAAAGAAAGUGGCUGAUAAAUGGAACAAAAGUCCUUUUCUACAGCAGUUACAGGGUGAGGUGGAUCGAUACUGCAAACCUAAUCUGCAAGUAUUCUACUCUGCUGUUCUGGAAAAAACAGUGCUGCCAGAGGUCCACCUCAGGUCAGAACAGGAAGCAGAUGCUGAUCGUUCAGCCAUACUGAUGUGCAGUGCAUACAACUUCUACCCCCGAGACAUCAGCAUUUACUGGUUCAAAAACAAUAAAAAGGUGACCACUGAUUCUGUUUUCAUUGAGGAGAUGGCUAAUGGAGACUGGACCUACCAGGUCCACUCCCACCUGGAGUACAAACCCAAAUCUGGAGAGAAGAUCUCCUGUGUGGUGGACCAUGCCAGCUCCAUGGAGCCCAUCAUCACUGACUGGGAUCCGUCUCUUCCUGAUUCUGAAAAGGGCAAGAUUGCUGCCGGUGGUGCAGGAGUGCUGCUGGGAAUUGUCAUGGCAGUUUCUGGAUUCAUCUACUAUAAGAGGAAAUCCCCAGGGAAGUUGCCAGUGGCAACUUAAGUACUGGUAAGCUAUACAGUGUUAUUCUUUUGUUUUUAAUGUAUGAACUCAUUUUUG